AUGCCCACCAAAGACAGAAGAGAAGCCAGGACUUUCUCGCAAACUGUUCCUCCUUUACCACCUUCUGAUCACUUCAAAUGCAAGUGGAAAAAGAUCCAAGCAUCAACGGCAAAAUGCGAUGUCUGCGGGAAACGAAACACAAAGGGCAGCAUGGUCGGCUGCGAGCAUUGCGACUGGCAGACUUGUCAUGGUACAUGCCCAGCCGAUCCAAAAUGCAUGCAUAGAAGGGAUGGCGAAAGAUGUUCUCAUCACUGCGACCAUGAAUCACACCACGAUGUUGCUCCUGCUAACGGAUCCAGGAGGGCACGAGUUACUGCUGUAAAUGUGGGCAGCGCUAGGCCUAGGUGUAUACAUGCUGCGGUUAGAGGGAGAGCAUGCGAAAGUACGAACGAGGGAGUUAGUUCUAGGCCUGCUUCAGUCAGAAGAGGAGCAAGCGUAAAUGCAGGUGCUUCUAACACUAGUUUACUUUCCGAUCAUGACGGCGGUUUCUCGGUAAGAAUCGCCGGAGCUAGGAGACUGCGCGUUGGCAGGCAGAUCAUAGCCUCUGCCUUGUUCUCUAGACCUCCCUCUGCUUCUGUGUCCGGAGACCUCGCGGCAGAAGAGAAUCCACGGAUGAUCCCAAGCAUAACAGAUAGCUCAACAAACGCAUCACAUCGAAAUUACGAUUCCUUUGCUCAGAGUGACUUGACUGCCGCGCGCUCUACACCAAGCUCUCCUCCGUUUAACGGGAAAGGCAAUACCAGUUCUUUUGGGACAGGUAGCACUCAUAGUACCAAUCAAGCUGAUGGAGAUACCGUGCUCCCCGCGUCUAACCCCUCCUCUAUAUUCAGGCAUCCCCCUGUGACUAGCAUAUGCAAUACAGCUAGUGAAAAUGCCUGCACUAGUUGUUGCGAGGAGGCCCUGCAAUUCAGUGGUGCUAACCUCACCAAGGAAGACCUCGAUGGCGCUGAGUGCUUGCUUGCUUUGAGGAAAUAUGCGGAUAUCAAAUUAUAUAUGGCGCAAUGCGGCAAACGCAGCAGCCAUGAUGUCAAGAACACGCGUGGAUACGCAUUUUUCUUAGCCAGGAAAGACCGGCAGUGGUGGGAAAGAGCCAAUAUAUCCCGUAGAAGAGACACUGCUCAUGAUGUAUGCAGAAAUAUGGAUGGCAAUGGCGAUGACAAAGAAGACGACCGUGAAUAUGAAGAUGACAACACCCCAAACAAGUCGAACAUUGGUUAG